AUGAGACCAAUAGUAUUACAAGCUCAUGAGCGUCCUAUUACAUUUGUAACUUAUAAUUUUGAUGGAGAUUUGGUAUUUUCAUGUGGCAAGGAUGGGUCAGUUGCAUGUUCAUUUACUUCCGAUGGAAAGGUUGCUGCUAAAUAUGAAGCAGGAAGAGCAGCAGUUUGGAAUUGUGACCCUUCAUUAGAUGGGAAAACUUUGAUAAUGUCUUCCGCAGACCAGAAGUGCGUGAGCUUUGAUAUUGAGAGAGCAGAGAUAAUUUCCUCGUAUCCCAUGAGUGGUACUUGCCGUUUUGUAGAGUUCAAUAGAAAAUACGAUAAUCAAGACAAGUUUGUUGUGGCUGUAGACCAAUUCUAUCCGGAGCCUCGACAAUUACUUAUAAAAAAAGUUGGUGAUCCAAAUAUGGAAGGCAUUAGAAUUACAGGAAUUAAUAGCAGAAUCACACGUGCUCAUUGGGGUAUGUUUGAUCAAAAUAUUAUUUCUGGCCAUGAGGAUGGCGGUAUCUACAUCUGGGAUAUCAGGCAAAGUUCGGAACCAUAUGAAGUUUUAAGGGCCCACUCUAAAUUGCUUACAUGCUGUUCAUUCUCAGAGGAUAGGACCUUGAUGUUAACUUGCAGUCAUGACAUGACGGCAAAACUGUGGGAUAUGGUAAACUUAAAAGAAAUUAGAAAGUAUACAACUAACCGUCUUUUGAACGGUUGUUCUAUAUCUCCAAACUUUAACAAGGAGAAGGAUCCAAGAAGACAUAUUUUACUUGGAGGUGGUCAACUCGCACAAGAUGUCACAACAACCGGUACUCAAGAAGGUAAAUUCCAAACUCUAAUUAUGCAUAUGAUUUAUGGGACCGAACUUGGUGCUAUUAAAGGUCACUUUGGUACUAUGAAUGCUUUAGUUUAUGCCCCAGAUGGUAUGGGUUUUACUACUGGUGGAGAGGAUGGCUUUGUACGUAUUAAUCAUUUUGAUGAUGAAUAUCUCAAACUAGACCCUUAA